AUGCAUGUUGGAGUUAAGUUACUUCGUGGAAUGAUACCCAAAUGCCCUCAUGAACAAUGCAAAAAAGUUGAUGAUUGCAAGAAGUUCUUGACACCCGAGCUGUUUAAGAUGAUGAGCCAGCGCAUUAUAGAGACAUCCAUUCCUGCAGCUGAUAGAAUAUACUGUCCAUACCCCAGAUGCUCUGCCCUAAUGUCCAGAUCUGAGUUAAGGCGUGCUUCACAGAUGCCAGCGAUUAAACUGUGCAAAAAGUGUACUCGCCCCUUUUGUAUUGAAUGCAAGCAACAAAAAGUCGCUGGCGGCAAUGUAAGGUUUGCAACUUUAUGGUAUCACUCGUCAAGGGCUGCAACCACAUUUAUUGCAGAUGUGGGCAUGAGUUUUGCUACAUUUGUGGAGCGCCAUGGAUGA